UCUGUGCAGCUUGCAGAAUUGUACUUUGAUGUAGCUCCUAUGCGCACAUUUCAAGCCUGAAUGAUUUCUUGGAAUUAUUCCUGAUAUUUGUCUUUUUUACACCAAAUGGCCACGAAUAAGGAUGCAGUUAUUCAGAAAAAAACGAGAAAAGACUUCAUCCCUUACUUUUUGGGGUUUGUCCUGUUUUUGUACUGCACCGUUCAUCUGGUGUCAUACACAGCAAAUGCACCUGACUGGAGCCGCACAAACAGGGUGCGCAGGGCACUUGAGAAUGAGACGGAGUGCAUCGCGCCUCAGUCGUCCGAGUUCCCUGAUGGCUUCUUCACCUUGCAGGAGAGGAAAGAUGGAGGUCUUGCCAUCUACUUCAUGAUCAUCUUCUACAUGCUCUUGGCUGUGGCCAUUGUCUGUGACGACUACUUCCUGCCAUCCUUAGAAGUCAUCAGUGACCGCCUGGGACUGUCUCAAGAUGUCGCCGGAGCUACAUUCAUGGCAGCUGGGAGUUCUGCACCUGAGCUGGUGACAGCCUUUCUGGGUGUGUUUGUGACAAAGGGGGACAUUGGGGUCAGCACGAUAGUGGGUUCAGCUGUCUACAACCUCUUGGGCAUCUGUGCUGCAUGUGGAAUCUUGGCCCCUAUGGCAGGACGUCUCACCUGCUGGCCAUUGUUCAGGGACUCCUUGGCGUACGGUAUCAGUGUUGCGGCCGUAAUUGCUAUCAUUUCUGAUAACAAGGUGUACUGGUACGACGCCGCCUUUCUCAUUUUGGUCUACUGCGUCUACAUCAUCAUUCUGUGCUUUGACAUCCGCAUCAGUGAGUUUGUCCUGAGCAGAAUCAGCCCCUGCUGCGCCUGUCUGGGUAAAGUCCCAGAGGAGAAAAGUGAAACAAGACCUCUGAUUGGCUGGCAGAGUGAAACCAACCUGAGGGUCUACAGUCACUCCAGGACAGACAGUGGAAUCUUCCAGGAUGAUUCAGAAUACUCCCAUCUCUCUCUCAGCUUGCAUGGCCUCAAUGAAAUCCCCGAUGAACACAAAAGUGUGUUUGCUGUGCCGGAGAGCGACUGGAAAAGGAUCCUGUGGGUGUUGGCUUUACCCAUCAUCACCCUGCUUUUCCUGACCGUCCCCGACUGCCGAAGACAAUGGUGGAAGCAAUGGUUCGCCAUCACCUUCAUCAUGUCUGCAAUCUGGAUUUCCAGUUUCACAUACAUCCUGGUGUGGAUGGUCACUGUUGUUGGUGAGACACUUGGCAUCCCUGAUACAGUGAUGGGACUCACUCUCCUUGCAGCUGGUACAAGUAUUCCAGAUACUGUAGCCAGUGUUAUUGUGGCCAGAGAAGGGAAAGCUGACAUGGCCAUGUCCAACAUUGUGGGUUCUAACGUAUUUGACAUGCUGUGCCUUGGUUUACCAUGGUUCAUCAAGACUGCAUUCAUGGACACCGCCAACCCUGUGGAGGUCAACAGCACUGGCCUGGUCUUCAUUUCUUCAACACUCCUUUUUUCAAUCGUCUUCCUUUUUGUGGCAGUGCAUGUGAAUGGCUGGAAACUGGACUGGAAACUGGGGCUCAGUUCCUUCAUCUGUUACAUUCUUUUUGCUACGCUUUCUAUCCUGUACGAGUUGGGGAUUAUUGGUAAUAAUCCUGUAAGGCUGUGCAGUGACUGAGAUCUGACCCUCCGAUGACCAAAUGCAUGUUUACAGAGAUUCACGCUCACAAUUAAAUCUACAGAGCCAAGAAGGAUGGGCCGCUCACAUCUUUGGAAAAGGGAGAGGUCAACGUACCAAAGAUGUUGAUGUUGAGGUGUGAACUCCCUUAAAACCACAAAGGUUAUCACAAUGCACGCAUUUCCCUUCUCCAGUUAGCUCGGAAAUGUCUUAUUUAUAUCUUCCAAUAUGCGAAAACUGUUGUGACUGGAGUCACCACUCAAACCACAGAGAAUAAACAAGAUGUUGACUGGC